CAAAACUGAAGUUGUAAUGUUGCUCUUUGAACGGUUGUUACCGGCUCUAUCUCUAACGCUUGAAAUAGUUCAAGUCGUUCUGCCGUCCAAUCUUCUGAAAAAACAAAAAACAUCCUUUUCUUCAUUUCUUGCUGCCGUGACAAGCUUGUUUUGAAUUCCGCAAAAUGGCCACCCCUACCAUUCAGCCUCAAAUGAACGAGUCCGCGGAAGAGCAGGAUCGUACGUAUGCCCGUGAUAAAGAAGUGCUUUCAUUGAAUGAACCCACCGGCCCGGAUGAAAACAAAUACCCCAGUGCAUUGAAUCUGACAAUCAUUGUCGUCGCUUGUUUCCUGGCUAUCUUCCUGACUGCACUCGAUCAAACCAUUGUCUCUACCGCCAUCCCUCGCAUUACAGAUCAGUUUGGCAGUGUGAAUGAUGUCGGAUGGUAUGGAAGCGCUUACUUUAUGACCAGCACAGCCCUACAGCCUGCUUACGGUCGUGUCUAUAAGGUUUUGGAUGUGAAAUGGUCGUUCUUGGCUGCCAUAUUUGUUUUCGAACUUGGCUCCUUGCUUUGCGCCGUGGCUCCUAACAGCUCUACCUUCGUUGCUGGUCGAGCAGUCGCAGGAACCGGUGUCGGCGGCAUCUUCUCGGGUACCUUGGUUGUUCUUUCGUUGACAGUACCUCUGCAGCGACGACCUACCAUUUUCGGUCUCUUUGGCCUGGUCUGGGGUUUAGCGUCUGUGGUAGGUCCUUUGCUUGGCGGCGCAUUUACGGAUAAAGUGACUUGGAGAUGGUGCUUUUAUAUCAAUCUCCCGGUUGGCGCCGUCUCUGUCGCUUUGAUUAUUGGCAUCCUUCAUCUCCCGAAAGGUCCUGCUCCAAAGAAAAGCAUUCCACAGAAGAUUGGCGACUUGGAUCUGUUUGGCGCUGUUCUGCUUCUUCCCGCAAUAGUCUGUCUGCUGCUUGCGUUGCAAUGGGGUGGAAGCCAGUAUGCGUGGAACAAUUCCAAAGUUAUUGGUCUUCUGAUCGGGUUCGGGUUGAUCACAAUCACCUUCGUCGUGUUCCAGAUCUGGCAGGGUGAAAAGGCAACUCUCCCACCAAGGAUCAUGAAGAUGCGCACUUGCAUCUCCCUUUCUUGUUUCUCUCUGGGAUUUGGCGGUGGAUACUACCUCGUCGUCUACUAUUUACCCAUCUACUUUCAAAGCGUCAAGAGCACCUCUGCCGUCCAAUCAGGAAUUGAUCUUCUCCCUCUCCUGAUAGCCCAAUCUGUGGGUUCGGUUGCCCUGGGGUUCAUUGUCAGUGCGGUUGGGUAUUAUACGCCGUUCCUUAUUGGCAGCACAGCUAUAUUCUCCGUCGGUGCAGGUCUGAUAACAAUGUUCGCAACUAAUACCCCUACCGGAAAAUGGAUUGGAUACCAGAUUGUCGCUGGUCUCGGGGUGGGCGCCGGAUUCCAGAUUCCCAUGACCGCAAUGCAGACGGCACUCUCCCAAGAGGAUAUCCCCAUUGGCUCCGCAUUAGUCAUUUUCUUCCAGGCCUUGGGAGGUGCCCUUUUCAUCUCCGUUGGCCAAGCUGUUUUCCAAAACCAGAUAUCAAACUACAUUUUACAACAUGCUCCUGGUAUUGAGCCAGCCUAUAUUUUUCCGUGCUGGAGCAGUGAUCUACCCGUUAUCGUCGACGCUUAUAUGAAUGGACUGACGGCAAUUUUCAGAGUAGUCUUGGGUCUAGUCCUUUUUGCUUUCGUCUCGGCCUUGCCUCUAGAGUGGAGAAGUGUUAAACAGGUGCCAAGAUAG